UCCCCUACAUCAUGCAGAGCAUCUGCUAAAUAGAUGGUACGUCGGUUACCACGAGUCUAGUCGCCCUCAGCCUCUCGAUAGAGGCGAAUCGGGAGAUUAGAAUCUGUAUUUACUUCGAUCUUCAGUACAGAGUCUAUAUUCUACCCCUGCGAAUAGAGAAACGCUCCUCGAUGAGGCGGCAGACUCUAGAUCUGGUCACGGGGCUCCUCGUGAUCCAGCUGCUGUUGCUGUCAGAUCAAGUAAAUACUGUGAGAAAUCGGCCCAGGAAACAACGGUCCAGGUCAGAACAACCGCAAUCGCAGCAACCUGUUACUGAUUACAAUUACGAUUAUUAUGAGAACUAUGACGAUUAUGAAGAAAAGAACGAGACCACGACAAUAUUGCCACCUCCUGCGAUACCAUCAUCAAAUAUACGAGUUUCGGGAUUGUCCACAUCGUCGAUAGAAAGUACUGCGUCUUCAUAUAGACCUGAAAAACCUACAGAUUUGCCAACUUCGACGACAACUUUAUUUGAGUUAGAGCAGACUAAUGCUACACCCGAACAGAAUCAUUCAGUUCCGUCCGCGGAAAUUUUACCGGGUGAAAGUAACAUAUACAGUUCUGUGGCUAUACCUGGCCCACGAGGUGAACCUGGUCGACCUGGAGAUGCUGGUCGUCCGGGUGAUGCAGGAUAUCCUGGACAACCCGGAAGUCCGGGAAUUCCAGGACCACCUGGUCUUCCAGGAGCUGUACCUGAUGUAUCUCUAUAUUAUCAACAAUUGGCUUUGUCUCAAGCGAAUCAAGAUAAAGGCCCAACAGGUGCAGCUGCAUCAUUGUAUGGACCAGAAGCAUAUCCUUAUAUUCAAGCGCAAGUAGGCCCCAUAGGUCCACGAGGUCCUCCAGGUCCAGCUGGUGCCCCGGGUCCUCAAGGUUUCCAAGGUGCACGCGGUGAAGCUGGUGAACCGGGACUUCCAGGUUCUCCUGGAACGCCAGGUCCUCGAGGCUUACCAGGACUACCCGGAAAAGACGGUACUAGUGGAGAAGACGGUGAAACCGGUCCGCCAGGAUCACCUGGUGCCGUGGGGCCACGAGGUCUUCCAGGUAUGCCCGGACUUCCAGGAAUAAAAGGCCAUCGUGGUUUUCCGGGUCUAGAUGGAGCAAAAGGUGAGCAAGGAGUUACUGGCGAAAAAGGAUCUAUGGGAACACCAGGACCAAUGGGGCCGAUAGGUCCAAUGGGUCCAGCGGGGCCGCGUGGUGAGAGAGGUAGAGAGGGUUCACCUGGCUCUCCUGGAUUGAGAGGUCUUGAUGGAGUUAUUGGACCGCCCGGGCCACCCGGUGCUGCGGGUAAACUUGGCUCACCAGGUUUUCCAGGCAUUCCUGGGCUUAAGGGUGAUCAAGGAUCACCAGGACCGAAAGGAAGUCAGGGUUUACAAGGCCCGCGAGGUGAAAGUGGUCGUCCAGGACAGCCUGGCGAGACGGGUCCGCAGGGUGUUAAGGGUAAAGAUGGGGUUCCCGGCGAGAAAGGAGAAAGCGGAGCGAUAGGACCAGUUGGUUUGCCUGGACUUCCGGGUGCUUUAGGUCAACCGGGAGCAUCGGGCAAUCCUGGUAUUCCUGGAGCCAAAGGAGCAGUUGGCUUUCCUGGUGAAAGGGGUUUUAAAGGUGAUUCUGGCGUGAAAGGUGACGCAGGAAUGCCCGGGCCGCGGGGACUUCCCGGACCUCCUGGAAACGAAGGCAAGAGAGGCAACAGAGGAAUGCGUGGACCAAUUGGUGCCGCGGGACCUCCUGGAGAACGCGGUGCACCUGGAAUGCGUGGGCUUCCUGGGCCGGAUGGUCCUAUCGGACCUCAUGGACAACCGGGUGAUCGUGGUCCAGCAGGAGCUAUUGGGCCGAAAGGAGCCACUGGGGAUCCUGGACGACCUGGACCGCCAGGAUUACAAGGUUUGCGCGGUUUGAUGGGUAGACCAGGAGCUCCUGGAAAACCGGGCAAUCCUGGCGAACGUGGAAUUCAAGGUGCAGAUGGCAAACUCGGAGAACAGGGUCCGCCUGGACCGCAAGGUCUAUCAGGACCAUUAGGAGCGCCAGGAGAGAGAGGAUAUCCCGGAGAACCAGGAAAAGACGGUGAGCCUGGUAAUCCGGGAUUACCCGGUCCAAGAGGAGAUACUGGUAAAGAAGGACCUCCGGGAGUACAGGGUCCACCAGGUCCAUCAGGAAACGACGGCGCGCGUGGUUCUCCGGGAUCAAUCGGGCCCAGAGGAUUUCAAGGUCUUCCAGGCGCCACUGGUAAUCCAGGCGUUCCAGGCAAAGACGGAGAACCGGGGAUACAAGGACCUCCCGGGUCGCCAGGAUUAGUCGGCAACAGAGGCGAGCGAGGAAUUCCAGGCGAAAGAGGACUUAUGGGACUUCCAGGACCUAUGGGUCCAAGAGGAGAAACUGGAGCUCAAGGCGUUGAUGGUCUUACUGGCUUACCAGGAUCUAAAGGAGAAAAAGGAAGUUUCGGUGCACCAGGAUUGUUAGGACUUCCUGGCACAAGAGGAUUACCUGGAGAAUCUGGUCAAAAAGGAGAAAGGGGAGCGCUCGGACAGGUUGGCCCUGAAGGUCCACCAGGACACAUUGGAGAACGUGGCUUGCAGGGAGAAGUUGGACCUCCCGGUCCUCCCGGGGAACCAGCGGAACGAGGUGAUCCGGGUCCACCUGGUCUUAUUGGCGAGCCCGGAGCGCCUGGCAAUCCAGGGGAAAGAGGUCUUCAAGGAUUGCAAGGCUCACCGGGUUUUCCAGGCCAACAAGGAUUAAUAGGACUUCCUGGUCUAAAGGGUGAUCGUGGAUAUCCGGGCUUAAAGGGAGAGCAAGGAAAUCCGGGACUAUCUGGCAGUCCGGGCGAAGCUGGACCACCCGGAUCUAUUGGACUUACCGGUGCUAAGGGAAUUAGAGGUGAACCGGGUACACGAGGUGAACCUGGCUUGAUGGGACCACCUGGUAUUGCGGGACAUGUCGGUCCAGCGGGCCCACCAGGAAAUAUAGGAUCAUCUGGUGCUCCAGGAUUGCCUGGUGCCAAGGGCAACGCAGGCGAUCCUGGGCGUCCUGGAAAUCCAGGUCCGAUCGGUAAUCCUGGUUUACCCGGAAUAGAUGGAAGUAAAGGCGAAAGUGGGUCUCCAGGUCCUCAAGGGCCUACCGGUCCUCAAGGAUCUCAAGGUCCACCCGGGAGAGGCUUGCCAGGCUUACCCGGCUCUCCUGGUUCUAUAGGAAACAGGGGAUUACGCGGGACGCCCGGUGAAAUAGGACAACCUGGAAAACCAGGUGCAGAAGGUCCACCCGGACCUUCCGGAUUAAUAGGCCCUCCUGGCCCGCCUGGUCAUGUGGGAGAAGCAGGACCGGAAGGACCAGUUGGAAAACCUGGACCACCGGGAAUAGGUGGUCGACCUGGUGAUAAGGGACCACCCGGAGUACCUGGUGCAGCAGGCCAGCCUGGUUCACCCGGAUUACCAGGGCCCCCUGGAUCUACAGGAUCUAUCGGACCUGCUGGAGAACGUGGUCCAAAAGGCGAAGCGGGACCGCAAGGAGUAGAAGGUCCACAGGGUCCACGAGGAAAACCUGGUCCACCAGGCCUCGAAGGCGCAAAGGGCGAUCGCGGAGAAGAGGGGCCGAAAGGGCUAAAAGGACAUCGCGGAUUCAAUGGUUUGCAAGGAUUGCCCGGAUCUCCUGGUUUACCAGGAGAAAAAGGUAUACCAGGUCUGCCAGGACUCCCUGGUAAAGAUGGGGAGCCAGGAAUUAGAGGUAGUCCUGGACGGGAAGGCAGCCCAGGACCUAUUGGGCCUGCCGGGAGUUCUGGACCAAGAGGUCCACCUGGAGAAGAAGGUCGUCAUGGCUCGCCGGGUCUUCCAGGACCUCCCGGACCACCCGGUCCUCCUGGUGAAGUUGGUUUUGGUUACGAUACCGCUUCUCUAGCAGCAUUUAUAGCACAAGGUCAAACUAAAGGACCAGAUCCACUUGGUGAUGAACCACCGAGAAUAUUUAAUAAAGAUAUUACUGAAGAAGAACGAAGAGAAUUGCUUAUGAAAGCAUAUGAAAAUUUAAAGUCAUCGUUUCAAAAAUUGAUAAAGCCAGAUGGUGAAAAGAAUUCACCGGCCAAAACCUGUCGAGAUCUAUUCAUUGCCUACCCGGAUAAAUUAUCUGGCGAAUAUUGGAUUGAUCCAAACGAAGGAGAUGUCCGAGACGCAAUUUUGGUGCAUUGUGAUGCUGAGAAACGUGCAACUUGUAUUUUACCGAGUCCCGCACGUUCACCAGAAAUUACUCACAUCACUGAUCAACAGGAAACCUGGCUGAGUGAGAUAGAUGGUGGCAUGAAGAUUACAUACAAAGCGGAUAACAAUCAGAUCAAUUUCUUGCAAUUGCUCUCGAAACAUGCGCAACAGAAUAUUACGUAUCACUGUAAAAACAGCGUCGCUUACUUCGAUUAUGAGCGAAAAACGUAUAGAAAGAGCUUAAAGCUACUAGCUUGGAAUGACGUUGAAUUGGUACCACGUGGCAAUCAACGUCUUAGGUACGAGAUGAUAACUGACGAGUGUAGGCUUCAUCAAAACCAUUGGGGUAAAACUAUAAUCUCAUAUGAGACAGAAAAACCCAUAAGACUUCCCAUCUUAGAUGUGGCUUUGCGAGAUAUCGGAAAACCCGAACAAAGCUUCUCCAUUGAAAUCGGCGCAGCUUGUUAUCAAUAAUACAAAGUUCAAUAAUACGAUACGAUAUUACGAUUGUCAUCUGACUAUGCCUACGAACUAUUCAUCAUUUUCCAUUGUAUAAUGUUAAGAAAAUGUCUUCCAAUGUAUCUUAAAGAGAUGAUAUGAUGAUAUAUGUUAAAAUUCCAUUCUUUACAAUAAAAUUAAUAAUUAAAUAUAUUUAACUACUGCGUAGUGGCUUGUAUAACUUGUGAUAUUGCUAUUUCUUACUCAAAUCCUCAAAUAGCGGAAGUAAUUUACAAAUACUUAACAAAAUUAUCUAUAAAUGAACUAUAUAUUACCUCUCUUAUAUUUUAAGAAAAAUGUGAAACUUAAUUGGAAAAAAUUGCGAUAACUAAAGACCGAUAUCAAACAAAUUUUAUCAGAGUGCUUGAAUAUUAUACACGAUUAUUAUCCACGACGAGCAGCAGAUAUCUAAGUGUAUAAAGAUAUUCGCGUAGUAACUUCGGAUUUAGUAUUAUAUCUGUAAAAUAUUUUAAGUCAAAAUAUUAUAUACGUAAUAAUAGAUAGAUUUUAUAUUUACGCGUCAUAUAUUAUUGCCACACGUUAUUGUCGCGACAUACAUACACAUACACAUACAUAUAUACAAUAUAUCAUGCGGAUAUUUAAGAAAAAUAAAAUUGUAUGUGCAUAAUUAAAGUUAUCGAUUCAAUAUACAUAUUUCAGCAUAAUAUUGGAAUAUUUUGUAGCGCGCAGUGUUUUUUUGCAAAAAUUUACAAUGCACAUACAUUUUACAAAAUAUUGCGUAACAUUUCGCAUUUAUUUUUCUAGUUAAAUCGUAAUUAAUAAAACGCGCGUACCGCAAGCCAUAUAUAUCCCUUAGCUAUGUCUCUGCAAUAACGAUAUUCUUUUUCUUUUUCUACCUUCGUUUUCUAUUGUCUCUUUUUAAAGUAUAAACGCAUAAGCUUAUUUUUUAUUUUCGGUACAGAAAGUAUAAAAAAUAUAAGAAAUAAGAAAAAAGAAUAGAUGAUAAAAAAUAUAAAAGUUAGACUAGAUAAAAAAAGAUCCGUUUUAUCUAUAAA